ACUUGAGCAAUCGACCCAAAAACUUCUUGCCUUUUUCCCAUCGAUCCAAAAAUUUGACUUUGUAGCAACAUCAUCUACAAUGGCGACCAACAUUACAUGGCACCCUUCCCUCUCACGCAGCGAGCGCAACAAAUUCCGCAAGCAAACCGGCUUCACAAUCUGGUUCACAGGCCUCUCAGCAUCCGGUAAAUCCACCAUCGCCACAGCGCUCGAGCAGCACCUGCUGCACUUGGGUUUCGCCGCGUACCGACUCGACGGCGACAAUGUGCGAUUCGGGCUGAACAAAGAUUUGGGGUUUUCGGAGAAGGAUCGAAAUGAGAACAUUAGGCGGAUAGCUGAGGUAGCAAAGCUCUUCGCCGACUCCUCCACAAUCGCCAUAACAUCCUUCAUUUCGCCUUACAAAGCCGAUCGCGAGCAAGCUCGCGCCCUGCACGCCGCCACCUCUGAUGCUUCCGAGGCGCCCCUCGCUUUCGUCGAGGUCUACGUCGAUAUCCCGCUUGAAGUGGCGGAAGCGCGUGACCCCAAGGGCCUGUACAAGAAGGCGCGCGAGGGCAAGAUUCCAGAGUUUACGGGCGUGAGUGCGCCGUAUGAGGCACCGGAGGCGCCGGAGAUUCACAUUCGGAGUGAUAAGAAGAGUGUGGAGGAGAGUGUGGUGGAGAUUGUCGAGUAUUUGAAGGCGAAGGGGUUGUUGGAUGUGGUGCAGUAGGUUAGGAUAAUAUGAGAACAAGUUCUUUCUUUGUUUUUUUUAGGAUUAGAUUUGGGCUUGGGUAUAGGGAUAUGCUUAGAGAGAAAGAGAGAUCUGGAUGAUUGGGCAAUGGAAGAUGUGCGAUUACCCGCGCCCCUCCCCCCCCCCCUUCUUUGUACGCAAUUCGAAUCUUACAUGCGGCUCAUGUU